UAUUGAUAGGCCAAGCCAUGUGAGACUCUAUCAUCGAAAAUAAGGUACAUAUAAGUCUCAAGCCCUUCUCAUAAUGGUGCAAGUGUUGUUUGCUAUCCCAUCUUAAGUAAAUUAUUUCCAAAAUAGUAUUCUUUCAGGAGCUUAUACAUACUUCUUUUUCCACGGUGGUUAAGACAGAUGGGUCUGAUGCGGUUAUCUUCUUUGAUUUCUAUUUUAAAAUGCUUCAGCAGAUUUUGCAGCAGAAAGUAUCAUUGGGAUGUGCCAAAAGGUCAUCUUGCAGUGUAUGUUGGUGAAGAACAAAAGAGGCGGUUUGUUAUCCCGAUAUCAUACUUGGAACAACCAUUGUUCCAAAACUUUUUACGUCAAUCGGAGGAAGAAUUUGGGUUUGAACAUCCGAUGGGAGAUAUCUUUUACUGGGCUCCUAAAUCUGGAACGAAGGGCCUAUGGAGCCCCAUAUCAGACUGGGUACCCGGCCUAUGGGUACCAAUACCCGCCACCUCCUCAACCUCCGCAUCAACAGCAGCCGCAGCCACCGCAGAUCCAACCACCGAAGCAGCAGGAGAUUCUUCAAAGGUUGAGCCAGGUGGAGCGUGAGGUUCGAGAAGAGCGUAGAAGCCACCGGGGAUUUCUUAAGGGUUUGGCGAAUUUAAUCAAGGGGAGAAGCAAGAGGGAUUUUUGAAUUCCUUGUUUGUUUGUUUUGUAUUUUAAUUUUAAUUAAGUCUGAGCGUGGACAUCUAUUUAUGUACCUAGUCCCUGCGUGGACUUGUAUUUCAGUUUAGCCCCUGCGUGGGCAGGUUAUUUCUGUUAAAGUCCCGUUUAGGACAAAUGUGUACUCUUUUAAUUUUA